AUGCCUCCUAAAACCAGUGGUAAAGCAGCAAAGAAGGCCGGCAAAGCCCAAAAGAACAUUACCAAGGGCGAUAAGUCGAAGAGACGUACCAAGCGUAAGGAGAGUUACGCUAUCUACAUUUACAAAGUGUUGAAGCAAGUCCAUCCCGACACCGGUAUCUCCUCCAAGGCCAUGAGCAUCAUGAACAGUUUCGUCAACGAUAUCUUCGAACGUAUUGCCGCCGAAGCCUCUCGUUUGGCCCACUACAACAAGCGCUCGAAGGCAGAAUUGUUGCAUCCUCGAGUGAUUCGCGAGAAACAAAUGCCUCCUCAACGUGCCACAGUUAGAUCUGGUUUUUGGGCUGGAGGAAACGCCAGAAAUGCCCGUUUUGAUCGUGGCGAUGCUUUACACGAAUAA